GGAGUGGCAUUUUAAAGAAGGGUCUUUCAAACCGAUCCCAGGCUAGGAGAGGCGCACAGUCUUAACGGCCAGGGCCGCGGGUCGGACUCCUCGGGACGUUGCCCUAGUGUCGUUAUCUAACAGAAAAACGAAUGUCACGGAGCGCAGAGAAACCCCAGACAAAUAGGCUUUUCCAAGAACACCCGGAGCUAGAACUCGCCAGUGCUGUUCUUCCGUCACUCUCCAGAAGUCGCGCAACAGCAGGAGCUGUAAGAACAUCCUUACCAGCUUCGCCAGUAACUUCAAUCUGGAGGGAGGCAGAUGUGUCUGCUAAAAAGCCAGCAGGCAGGAAGCUAUGUGAAAGAAUCUUCUGAUGUCAUAAUUUCUGGGUGUCACUGGAAUAUUUGAUCGUCAUUUCUUUGGCAAGUCUAUCCUUCUAUGGAAAGUCAGUAGAAGCAAUUGAUUUAUUCACCUCUACAGGAAUCAGACUUGGCCUAUUUUGGAUUUCAGUGAAUUAUGCCUUUUCGGUUUGGGACCCAGCCAAGGAGGUUUCCGGUGGAAGGAGGAGAUUCUUCAAAUGGGUUGGAAUCAGGCCUGAGCUCCAGUGCUGCCUGUAAUGGGAAAGAGACGUCACCCAAUAGGCAACUCCGAAGAUGCCCUGGAAGUCAUUGCCUGACAAUAACUGAUGUUCCCAUCACUGUCUAUGCAACAAUGAGAAAGCCACCUGUGCCAAGCAGCAAGGAAAUGCAUCCCAAAUAGCAGCAUUAAGUCUCUGUCGAGGGUUGACUAGGGUCAAGGGUAAUGGGCCGGUAUCAUCCUGUGGUCUGUCUCGUAAACAAAUAAAGGUGGUGGCACUACUUGAGUGAUGCCAAUAGCUGGGUAGUGGAUUUUAAUAAAAACAAAAAAUGUGGUCAGUAGAACACACACGAUGAGAAGCCAUUAGCUGCAUCGGACAAGGCAGACUACUUCACACUUCAAAAGUCCUGCUCAUAGCAGAGUACUAGUUCUGAAAAUUCAAGAUAAAGCCUGAUCUAUGAUGGUCAUAAUUCCAGAUUCUCAGAGCUUAUACAGAGCGGAGAGGUAAAUGAAAUUUCAUCAGCUAAAGAGAAAAGGCCAUGCAUAAGUGCGGGCUCUGAGUCCUGUCUCUAUAGGUCUAAACUACCUCAACAAAGAGACAGUAUAAUUCUACCUGAUCUUGAACAUAAGAUGAGACUCAAAGUGGUCCCUGAGUAACACAGUUGUCAAGUAAAGAUGCAACACUCCUUAGAGAAAGGAAACUCAGUCUAGACUGAAAGUUGCCCAACAGUAGGAAAAGAAUGCAGGGCAGGUGCCAAGAAGGCCCCAAGAGCUCAUCCAAGGGUGAGAAUGAUUAGUGUUUCAACCAUUGUAAAAAGUCCUUCCCCCCCUUCUUCUUCCUAGCUAUUCCUCCCUCCUUGCCCCAAUUCCUUCACUUUCUCCCUUCUUUCCUCUCUUCUCUCUUUCUUCCCCUAGAGAUCCAACUCAGGGUGUCCCACAUGCUGGGAAAGUACCCUACCACUGAAUUACACUGUCAACUAAAAAGAUCCCAAGUCCUUAGUCCUUGCCACAGUGAGAACGGGGCUAGACUCCACGGUGAAGGCUGUGAAAGGGAAGACUGAUUUCAGGGAACUUUGCUGUGACCAAGUGUGAGGAGAAGAGAUAAACAAUGAUAUUUUCAGAACCAUGUCUUACAACUCAACAGGAGUCAAGUGGAGGAAGGAGAGAACUGACUCCCACAGGUCAUCUCUGGCCUCUGCACACACAUCAAAGCAUACAUGGCCACACAUAUGUGUACUUAAAUGUAAUAAAAAGCAAGAAGUAGAGAAAUAAUAGAGGAAAACAGUGGAACCCAAGCCUUUUCUUCACACGAUUAGUAAACCUGAUAAACGUUGAGUAGAAUUGUCAGGGAGAACAAGAGACACAAAUUACUGAGAAUCGGUAUUGACAGUGGAGCGUCACUGUUGAUUUUACAAGGAUAAACACCCUUGCAGCACAAUGGAUGCUUUAACACUGUCUCCCUGCAUUCUCUCACAUUACUGGGUAUAAGCAUGCUCUCCCAGAGUGGUUCAUAUUUUCAUAACUUGCCUCCACAUUGACAUUAGCUCAUGACUACUUGAAAAGACAAACUGUUGAGGCUGUGGGCAGAGGUCACUGUGAACUCAGUGUGAUCUGGCUAGGUUGACCAGAAUAAAUCCCGAGCUUCCUCUUGUCGCCACCCUUUGGAGCUCGGGAGAGUGCUGCAGCUGGCUGCUGGAGUCAGCAUCCUACACGUUCAUGCUUGUGCCUUUCUGACCCAUGCUUACACAGACCAUCAGGACGUGUCAUCCUUCAAUCCCGUUCCUUCGCUGACUAUCCCAUAUCUCUCUCAUGGUCUCUUCAAGGAACAGUGUCCUCUGCUGUAAGCUUAGGCCUACCUUAUUCCCUGAUUUUGAGAACUUCCUGACAGAUGUCCGUCUUUCCUCCUGUCUUCUCACACUCUCAAGCAAGUCUCGAGCUCAAAGGAAUCAAAAGUAGAAAUGUCAAGUUUUGCUUUUCUCAGCCUUCCAGGAACAUUAUGAUGUCUUGGAAGGUGAUAUGAAAGGAAUAACCUUUAUGGAAACUCUGCUUGCCUGAAGUUCAUGCAAUAUUUACUGAAUAUACAUGCCAGACAAGAUUCUGGACUCUUUUGAACAAUCCAGAAAUUCACAGUUUAUACUAGAAAACAUUUUAUUCUAUAUGUAUGAGUGUUUUGUCUGCAGUACUAGUGUACCUGCAGCACCCUAGGAGGACAGAAGAGGGUGGCAGAGCCCCCUCAACUGGAGUUACAUGUGGUUGUGAGCUAACAAGUGGGUGUUAGGAGAAGAAUUAGGGUCCUUUGCAAGAGCAGUAUUUACUCUUAAUCCUCGAGGCAUCUUUCCAGACCCUGGCUUCCAUUUUUGAAGUUGUAUGAACUUUUUAUGAGGAGCUAACAGAUGGGACACCAAUGACAGAAAUGCUUCCACCCACGUGUAGCAUGGGGAUCUGUGAGUUGAAGUGGAGUUACAGGAGUAUGUGAGAGGGGUUAUGUAUAGAGUCAUGAGCAACUUACGGGUGGCUACAUCACUGAAGAAAAAGGUUUUCUUUAUCAAUGUUUAAUAACCUAUUUUCAUUGGAGGUGGGGCCUCAUGAGCCCCUCCCCCAAUAAUUGUUAAGGACUAUACAUGUUCAGAGAAAGGCAGAAACUGUUUAAUACCCCUCAUGAAUGGGCCUAAUUCCCAGCUGAGGGCUGAGGGGAAUCAUUGCUGGACAAAGGGUAAAGGCUGUGCCAUCCUGUAUCUACAGAACGGCAAUGCCAAGAUCUGCAUGCCUGAGGAUGUGUGCCCUGAGCUUCUAAAAUCACAUUUCAGUUGAAAUCUCUUCAGCUUCAACUUCUAUUAGUGUCUGAUUUCCGUGUUUCAUAACCCAAACUCACAAGAGAAAAUAUUCAAUGGCUCACACUCGUCUUUUCAUCCCAGGCACUGUCUUGUCCAGUCUGUUGUGGCUGUAAGAGAGGAAGUGGAACACAGGCACACCGAGGGGCUCCAUCACACACAGGCACACUGAGGGGCUCCGUUACACACAGGCACACUGAGGGACUCCGUUACACACAGGCACACUGAGGGGCUCCAUCAUACAAGGACCUCCUCAUUCUGUAGGGGCUCUGAACUGGCAGGGGCCAUGAGGGAGAAAAAGCACAUAGCUCAUUUUCCCCCCUUUGUAUCAAGUACUGAUAAUGCUAUGCUUAGCUGAAAGAAGAGAAAGAGGAGGUGGAGAAGGAGGAGGAGGAGGAGGAAGAAACCCUUUUCCUUUUGAGUCUGGGAGAGUGAAGUCUCAUCUAAGAACGGAGUCAUGUAAAUGGUGAAGCUUCAGUUUCAGAAGGUCACUGUGUGUUUUUAAGUGGUACAUGACUCGGGAUUCUUAUCUUCUGAGCGGAAGAGGAUGAAGUACUGGCUGAAGUACUGGCUCUGUAAAAAGGUGGCUUCCUUUCAGUCCAGAAAAUAUUAAACUAUACUGCAAUUUCCUCUCCUUUAAAAAAUUUAUGCAUGUGUGUAGUGAUAUUCCAUUUGUAUUUUAAUAACUAAAGCUUGCCUGAAGAGAGUUAAGCAGCUGCACCGACAGCCUUACAGCCCAGGCAGUGCUGACACACACCUUUAAGCCCAGUUUGCAACGUUAGUUUGCCAUAGAAACCAGGCAGUAGGUUUCUAAAGGUGCACGUCUUUAAUCCCAGCCCUAGAGAGGAAUAUAAGACAAGAGGAGACAGCUCUCACACAUAGUCUCAUUCUGAGAUUCCUGGAGGCAGGCUCGUCAUUUCAGAAUGAGGUAGAGGUAAGAGCCAGUGGCUGGCUGAUUUGCUUUUCUGAUCUUCAGAUUGAACCCCACUUUCUGUCUCUGGGUUUUUAUUAAUCGUGCUGCAUUAAUGUGUGCACACAUACACGAGACCCGUGAGUGCUGAUGCUCACACAUCCAUGUGCCCUCUAAAUGCUGCUGCACACAUGGCUUCUGUUGGGACGUCAUAGGUUAACCUGCAAUGGUGUGGGGCUGAGGAGCCAACUCCAUUAGGCUUGGAUGCAGACCCAUCCCCACUCAGGACUCAUCUCCCCAGCUCCAUGAAAGCAUAAUCCAGGAGAGCGGUUUCUAACCAGGUCCUCCUACUCUAAACUGAAAACACUCUUGUAAAGACGAAAACGGAUGAUCUAAUUGUAGGUUGUGAACAAGUCAGGAAAUCUAAGGUAAGACAAAGGAGCCGAGGACAAACAUUGGGGACAAGUUGAACGACCUCCCCUGAAAGACUGGCGACUCUGAGAACGUAGUGACACAAUGGGCAUCCUGACG